GUUCGGAGCUUUAUUAUCGCCGCCGUCGUUACGGCGCACCCGUAUCGCAGCUUUCGCCGCCGCCGCCGCCGUCUCGUGUCGCUUCCUACGUCCGUCGUCGUCGAUGCCACCGUCCGACGGCAGCAGCACCAACAACAACAACAACAACAACAACGCGUCCGACACCGCUGGCCCUUAUCGCUGCCGCUGACUCCGCUGCGCUCGCAGUGGUCAGUCGCACCGCCGAGUGCACGUUCGCCCCGCACGGCCGUCGCCGUUGCCGUCGUCGUAGCCGUUCUCGUCGUAGCCGUUUUCGUCGUCGUCGUCGUCGUCGCCGCCGCCGUUAUCGUCGCGCCGCCGUCAUUUUCCACUGCCGUCGCCGCUUUUGUGUUAUCGAACGGCGGCCGCACCUCAUCACGCUCGCAAAGCUAUUAUCACUCAGGUCCUUGUUCAUAAUCAGAAAACAUCGUAGCUGACACAAAUAUGUCCCUCCUCAACGUUAAAGUAAAAAUGGCUCGUUAUGUUGGAGACCAAGCGCCACAAUUCAGCACAUAUGCCACGUUAAAACUACAAAAUGUUAAGUGUACUACUGUCACAGUCAAAGGAGCAAAUCCUUGUUGGCAACAAGACUUUCUAUUUGAAACGAACGACGUCAAUACAGGUCUGUUGGUGGAAGUGUGGCGCAGAGGGUUUCUCUUGGACUACGCGAUAGGAUAUCAUAUGGUCAGCUUACCAACAGUGCGCUACUCCAAUGAGGAUGGCGAAGGAGAUUGGGUUUCGCUAGAUGCUGAACUCGAAAUGAGCGACGGAGAAGUGACCGGAACCAGGUGUCCGACAGGACAUUAUCUAUUAAUAGAUGCUAGGUUCGAACUACCUUUUGGCCCUUACGAUCCACCGACUGGUUGGAAAGAAAUCUUAGGAGAGCUGGAUAAUUCCAACACAGCUCCGCCGAGCGCCAUUGCAUCAGGAGACAAUGAUGAAAUCUGUGAUAUCGUGGAUUACCAGAAAAAAUUUGAAAUCCUGAACACUUUCGAACAGGAUUCGAGGUCCGAAGACGUUUCGGCACAAUUUCAAUAUUAUGGGCAGUCAGCUGGUAAUUCGGAAGAUAGUGAUUAUACAAGUGAUUUUAACUAUCCAAUAUGUCAGCAACAAGCAAAUUCCUCAGCCUCUCAAUUUAGAAACCUUGCCGAUCAAUUAGAAAUGAGUCCUUGCAGUAGUCCAGAUCAUCCAAGUACAAAAAACUCUGUGGGUAAUCAACAUUUAUAUGACUCUCAAAGAUAUGAAGAAAGGAGAGUUCCAGAAGAUGAUCUAUAUUAUAACAGUAGGCCAAACAAUUAUAAAGACCACAAAAGACGAAAAAAUGACUAUAAAAUAGGAACUAGUGAAUGGUAUGAUGAAGGGUCUUCAACAACAUUCCUCAACCAAGAACAAUUUCCCACUUCUUCCAGACAUUCUUGUAAAAAGCAUAUUUCUAAAUACCAUCAACGAAAGACAAAUAAAAAUCGAAGGUCAAGUUUGGAAAGACAACCAACUUUGUAUCGACCGACUUACUAUGAAGAAUAUUAUGAUAAUGGGGACCAAUUUGAACCUUAUGACAAUAAACAGUGA